AUGGACAAACUAAUCAACGCUGGCAAGGAAUUCCUCGAGGAGAAGGUCAAGGGGGACGACAAGAACAACAACAGACAAGACUACCAGGCUGGCGGAAAUCAAUCGCACGGAGGUAGCUACCCCGCUGGCGGGGGCUUCUCUCGCGACGACGAUGACGAGAACGACCUGCGCGAAGCCAGGGAGGAAGCCGAGCGUCGUGCCGGCUCGUCGGGCAGCAGCGACUUGUUCUCCACCAUUGCCGGUGCUAUCGGGCAGAAAAAGAGCAGCCUGCAGAACGAGGACGUCGACGAGGAUUAUGCUGUCAAGAAGCACAAGCAGAACUACAAGGACGACGACGACGACGACGCUGAUGAGAAGUCACUCGGUGCGGCGGCCGCCAUCCAGGCCCUGAAGAUGUUCAACCAGGGCGAGACCGGGGGGAAGCAGAGCAAGGGUGCCUUCCUCGGGCUCGCCAUGUCCGAGGCUAGCAAGCUUUUCGACGACAAGGCCUCCAAGGGCAAGGUCGGCUCCAACACCAGCAAGGAGAAUGUCAUCCAGAGCGCCGGCGAGAUGGCCAUGAAGAUGUACUUCAAGAGCCAGGGACAGCAGCAGGGCGGUUUGAUGGGUAUGGCGAGCAAGUUCAUGUAA